AACCCCGUUUUUCGUUUUUUAUUUUAUAUAUAUUUUUCUCUCGAAUCUGAAGUGGUUUUCUCUACAGCAAAAAGGUCUAGGAGGAAAGCUGAGAGAUGGAGGAGCAACAUCAACAAAAGGAAACUAAUAAAUAUAGUAUAAUCAUCCCCACUUACAACGAACGCCUCAAUGUUGCUCUGAUCAUCUAUCUCGUCUUCAAGCAUCUUAAGGAUAUUGAUUUUGAGAUAAUUGUUGUGGAUGAUGGAAGUCCUGAUGGAACUCAAGAUAUUGUCAAACAGUUGCAGAAAGUGUAUGGAGAAGACCGCAUUCUAUUAAGAGCUAGACCUAAGAAGCUUGGUUUAGGCACUGCUUACAUUCAUGGGUUGAAACAUGCAUCUGGUAAUUUUGUUGUGAUCAUGGAUGCUGAUCUAUCUCAUCACCCGAAGUAUUUGCCAAAUUUCAUCAGGAGACAAGCGGAGACUGGUGCGAGCAUUGUUACUGGGACUCGAUAUGUUAAUGGUGGUGGUGUACAUGGAUGGAACCUCAUGCGUAAACUGACAAGUAGGGGAGCCAAUGUACUUGCUCAAACAUUUCUAUGGCCUGGAGUAUCAGAUUUAACCGGGUCUUUCAGGCUUUACAAGAGAUCUGUCCUUGAGGAUGUUAUUAAUUCCUGCGUCAGCAAGGGAUAUGUCUUUCAGAUGGAAAUGAUUGUUCGAGCUUCCAGAAAAGGCUACCAUAUUGAAGAGGUACCCAUAACCUUUGUUGAUAGAGUAUAUGGGAGUUCAAAGCUCGGAGGAUCAGAAAUAGUUGAAUACCUGAAAGGUCUUGUUUAUUUAUUAGUCACAACAUAAAUCUUGAAAGCAGAGACUAUCCAACCCCUCCCGUUUAUGUUCUUUACUCAUAGUUACUUCUUUUCUAGAGAAACUUUACUCAGUUUGCGAGUUGCACCCGGCUUUUUCUUACUUUUUCCAGUGAUCAUUCCAUAGUAAAAAUGUGUUUAUUGUACUGACAAUUUUGUAGAGCACAUAAUAUCAAACUCUGUAAUUAAGUCUUCAUACGAGUUUCAUUGUUUUGGAAAACCCUUGCUCAUAUGCGGACAUGGCAAAUCAUACUAUUACUGACAAAGGAGCUGAAUCGGAGGGAAUAUGAUGUGUACAAAUUCUGUAGGA